AGCUUCUGGGUUUUGCUUUCAAGCGCACUCCUGCUGAAUCGGUGUGAGGGCGUGUGUAUGUGUUUGCAGGGCGUUCUCUCUGUCUCCUGCCACAGUAGCAACACAGCCGACGGCCCUGAACAAAAGGCUAAACGCAGCAGAGCCACAGGAGGAAAAAACUCAGGGAUAGAAGCAGGCAGAGUGGCCCAGCGUGACGGCAACUUCUCAGGGGAGGAACUCAACCUGCCAUUUUUGCCCUCCUCGACCUGAAGAGGAGACACAAGCCGAGUCUGUGUCUCUGUUUUGUCUUUCAUUCAGCCUCUGCCAUCCUCUCCAGGAGUCCUGUACCUGCCCGUUCACACCUGGACCUCUCCCACAAUCCAUUCCACCUGUCCUUUCGAGAUGACCGACGAUGACUGCCGCUCACCCAUCGGCCUGGACUGCUGCAGCUGCUGCCUGGACCUGGCAAACGGCUGCGAUGACUCCAUGUCCAGCAGUCCAUCAGAUGGCCUACCAGGAAGCCCAUGCAGCCCCAGUGUCAGCCACUUCCGCCAGCUCCGAAACCAGCUGAUGUACCAGAACCUGAACACGGACAAGCUGAACCACAUCAUGAGGCAGGACUCGCUGGAGUCCGUGGUGAGGGACCCCUGCUUCCUGCUCAACGAGGGGAUCUGCAACAGCAACAUUGACCAGACCAUGCUGUCCAUACUGCUCUACUUUCACAGUGCCUCUGGUGCUAGCGUUGUGGCCAUCGACAACAAGAUCGAACAGGCCAUGGAUCUUGUUAAGAACCACCUAAUGUACGCUGUGCGGGAGGAGGUGGAGAUCCUAAAGGAGCAAAUCAAGGAGCUGGCAGAGAAGAACAACCAGCUGGAGAGGGAGAACUACCUGCUAAAGAACCUGGCUAGUCCGGAGCAGAUGGAGAAGUUCCAGUCUCACGUCCCGACAGAAGUGCUGUUGGACAAUCAGAGCUCCCACCUGACCUUGGACCAGCAGCAGACCUGCAUUCACAGCACUGGCUCGGCUGUGUAAGUGGCUCUGCCUUGGGGCGGGCAGAGCCACUGUCUCCUAACAGUAAUGGACCUCCAUUUUUGAAUGUAAGAGUUACAAAAGUCUCCGCCGCUGAGAAAACCUUCGACACACUGAAAGGUGAAGCAUCGCGGCUGUAAAUGACUGAUGGGACACAAAAAGAACUGUUGACACUGAUAAGCACAAAACAGAACUUUUAGACGCUCUGACUGGUGUGCUGUCAGGCCCGUCCUCAGACACCGUCCAACUCUUUGUCGUAGUCUCCUUGUAGACAAAAGCGCUGGGAAUAGAGAGCGGGCUGACUAAGACACAAGACGAGCGCUUGCUUUAAGAUAUGCCAAACUCUUCUUAACAGCCACCCCUUUUUGCUCCAGAGAAGGGUGUGAGAAGGUGUUGAUCGGGCUCGCCCUGCAGGUGCUAACUUGGAAAGAGCGUGGGCGAUCACCAAGAGGAGACCCAUCCGAGAUGGUCUCAACGAGAAGAGCCCCAUCAUGUGGAUUUGUCCGAUCUCUUAAAAACAAGUUUCAAGGACUCCCAGCAACACAUUUCAACCACAUAAAAAGGACUUUUCCUGUACCUACAAUGUAUUGCACAUGGUUCAUGUACGUUUAAGCAUAACACAAAUAAUCAACAGGAUAAGCUAAAGAAACAGAGGUGGAGGUUGUUGCAGUAUAGCCUGUUGGAGAUAGUGGACCACGGCAGUAUCAAUAUACUGUUAUGAUUCAUAAAAUGUAAUCUUGUGUUGUCUGCAGUUGGGGCUUGCUACUUGUGGGGGAAAUUAAUCUUGCUUUAUCUGUUUUUGUUAGUGAUUCUGAACAAAAAUCAGCCGUUUGUUAAAUAGGAGCAAUGUCUUUAGAGAGUUUUUUUAUGUAAUUAAGAGGGACAACAUGUCUGCCCCUCUUGAUGCCCGAGCUCUGCCGAGUCAAAUAUUACUACAUUGUACAUAAAAAGCCAUAGUGGAGAUGGCGAGCAAGCUUUUUUUCGCUGCAGAUGCACUCCUGAUAUUAGCAGCGUCGUCCAGUAUCUGGUCCAUUUUCUUGCUCAGAUGCCAAGUAGUAAAAAAAAAACAAAAAAACAAUGGCAUGACAACAGUGCCUGUCCAUUUUAAGAGAGGAACAUAUUUUCACACAGAGCUCUACUGUUUGUCGUUUUCUAGCUACCAAAGACUUUUCCAUUUUUUUUAUGUCUUACAACAACAGAAGCAAAAAAAAAAAAAAAACAGGACCAUGUGUAAGAGUUCACAGGGAGAAGUCUUUAUUUGUAGCUAGAGCUAAAGUUUCUAUAUGUUUUUGUAAAGAUAAUGGUAUUGUUGCUGUAAUGUAUCCUCUGAAAUGGUUGUUCGCUAUGAUGUUUGGAUACAACUGCACAUUUGCAAUAAACCUUAUGUUUACAGAAUACAA